AUCAUCCUAUCCCGGUAUCCCCCAUCCCACUGUCUCUAGCUUUCUCUCUCUACCCCACACACAGAGAGAGUGAGAGAGAGAGAGACAGAGUGGGAAAUGGCAAGUCCUUCACUCCUCUCUCUCAUCUUCCUCCUCUCUGUCCUAACCCCCGCACUCAUUUCCUCCUCAGAAGUUCAAGACCCUGAGCUAGUAGUACAAGAUGUACACAGGAGCAUCAAUGCAUCGAGGAGGAACUUGGGAUAUUUUUCAUGCGGGACCGGAAAUCCCAUCGACGAUUGCUGGCGGUGCGACUCAAAGUGGGAGAAAAACCGCCAGCGGCUCGCCGACUGCGCCAUUGGGUUCGGCAAGAAUGCCGUUGGAGGACGAGACGGUAAAAUCUACGUGGUCACCGACUCCAGCGACCACGACGUGGUGAACCCCAAACCCGGGACCCUCCGCCACGCAGUCAUCCAAGACGAGCCGCUGUGGAUCAUCUUCGCGCGCGACAUGGUGAUCAAACUGAAGGAAGAACUGAUCAUGAACUCGUUCAAGACGAUCGACGGCCGGGGAUCGAGCGUCCACAUUGCGGGAGGGCCGUGCAUCACCGUGCAAUUCGUGACCAACAUCAUCAUACACGGGAUCAACAUCCACGAUUGCAAGCAGGGAGGGAACGCUAUGGUGCGGGACUCCCCUCGGCACUACGGGUGGAGGACGGUAUCGGACGGCGACGGGGUGUCGAUCUUCGGGGGCAGCCACGUGUGGGUGGACCAUUGCUCGUUGUCGAACUGUAAGGACGGGCUGAUUGAUGCGAUUCAUGGGUCCACGGCUAUCACCAUUUCGAACAAUUACAUGACGCACCAUGACAAGGUCAUGCUGCUGGGCCACAGCGAUUCGUAUUCUCAGGAUAAGAAUAUGCAAGUCACGAUUGCUUUUAAUCACUUUGGGGAAGGUCUUGUUCAAAGAAUGCCAAGAUGUAGACAUGGUUACUUCCAUGUGGUGAACAAUGACUACACCCAUUGGGAAAUGUAUGCCAUUGGAGGGAGUGCUUCCCCCACUAUCAAUAGCCAAGGCAACAGAUUUCUUGCCCCUAAUAACAGAUUCAGCAAAGAGGUGACCAAACAUGAGGAUGCACCAGAGAGUAAAUGGAAGCACUGGAAUUGGAGAUCAGAAGGAGACCUGAUGUUGAACGGCGCAUAUUUCACCCCAUCUGGUGCUGGAGCUUCAUCAAGUUAUGCCAGAGCCUCAAGUUUGGGUGCAAGGCCAUCUUCCGUCGUCGGUUCAAUGACAAUCGGCGCAGGUGCACUGAACUGCAGAAAGGGUUCCCGCUGUUGAUCGAAACCCGACCCCAUUUUUUUGCUUUGGAAAAUUUGGGGGUGUUUUGAAAAUUCUAAUUUGGCACCAAGUUAGCAGAAAAUAGAGGAAAUUGGACUAGAGAGGAGGGAAAAGUAGGGCACAAGAAGUCCAAUAUCUACUGCUAGGAUAUCUAAUACUUAUGAUUUAUGAA